GAGGCAGAGCGGGCGUCCCGGGCGGCCACCAGGCCCCUCUCGCUUCCUCGACCCGGACCCGUGGGCAGCCGGGGGGACGGAAGCCGCGGCCGGGCCAACUCCGAGGCGGGGACGCAGCGACGGGAACUUGAGGGUCUUGCUCUGUCACCCAGCUGGAAUACAGCGUCACUACCACGGCCCACCACAGCCGUGACCUCCUGGGCUCAAGUGAUCCACCCACCUCAGCCUCCUGAGUCACUGGAACUAAAGAUGAAACAGCAGAGCUGAAAAGAGAGAUCACCAAGGAAAGUGCCUGAAAGGGAUUAUUCCCACGCCUCCGAGGGAUCCUGGCAGGCUGUGCCUGAGGACUUGGGUUCCAAUUUUAGGGAGCAGGCUGCCUAAGGAAGAAGCCAGGCUUGCACACAGACAGUUCUAGAGCUGGUGGCCCAAGAGGGAUGUGAAGGCCCAAAAUGACCCUUUUACCGGGAGACAAUUCUGACUACGACUACAGCGCGCUGAGCUGCACCUCGGACGCCUCCUUCCACCCUGCCUUCCUCCCGCAGCGCCAGGCCAUCAAGGGUGCGUUCUACCGCCGGGCGCAGCGGCUGCGGCCGCAGGACGAGCCCCGCCAGGGCUGCCAGCCCGAGGACCGCCGCCGUCGGAUCAUCAUCAACGUGGGCGGCAUCAAGUACUCGCUGCCCUGGACCACGCUGGACGAGUUCCCGCUGACACGCCUGGGCCAGCUCAAGGCCUGCACCAACUUCGAUGACAUCCUCAACGUGUGCGAUGACUACGACGUCACCUGCAACGAGUUCUUCUUCGACCGCAACCCAGGGGCCUUCGGCACCAUCCUGACCUUCCUGCGCGCAGGCAAGCUGCGGCUGCUGCGUGAGAUGUGCGCGCUGUCCUUCCAGGAGGAGCUGCUCUACUGGGGCAUCGCAGAGGACCAGCUGGACGGCUGCUGCAAGCGCCGCUACCUGCAGAAGAUCGAGGAGUUCGCGGAGAUGGUGGAGCGGGAGGAGGAGGACGACGCGCUGGCCAGCGAGGGCCGCGACAGCGAGGGCCCGGCCGAGGGCGAGGGCCGCCUGGGCUGCUGCAUGCGGCGACUGCGCGACAUGGUAGAGAGGCCGCACUCGGGGCUGCCGGGCAAGGUGUUCGCCUGCCUGUCGGUGCUCUUCGUGACCGUCACCGCCGUCAACCUCUCCGUCAGCACCUUGCCCAGCCUGAGGGAGGAGGAGGAGCAGGGCCACUGUUCCCAGAUGUGCCACAACGUCUUCAUCGUGGAGUCAGUGUGCGUGGGCUGGUUCUCGCUGGAGUUCCUCCUGCGGUUCAUUCAGGCGCCCAGCAAGUUCACCUUCCUGCGGAGCCCACUGACGCUGAUCGACCUGGUGGCCAUCCUGCCCUACUACAUCACGCUGCUGGUGGACGGCGCUGCCGCGGGCCGCCGCAAGCCCAGCGCGGGCAACAGCUACCUGGACAAGGUGGGGCUGGUGCUGCGUGUGCUGCGGGCGCUGCGCAUCCUGUAUGUGAUGCGCCUGGCACGCCAUUCCCUGGGGCUGCAGACGCUGGGGCUGACGGCCCGCCGCUGCACCCGCGAGUUCGGGCUCCUGCUGCUCUUCCUCUGCGUGGCCAUCGCCCUCUUCGCGCCCCUGCUCUAUGUCAUUGAGAAUGAGAUGGCCGACAGCCCCGAGUUCACCAGCAUCCCUGCCUGCUACUGGUGGGCCGUCAUCACCAUGACAACGGUGGGCUACGGCGAUAUGGUCCCCAGGAGCACCCCGGGCCAGGUGGUGGCCCUCAGCAGCAUCCUGAGUGGCAUCCUGCUCAUGGCCUUCCCGGUCACCUCCAUCUUCCACACCUUCUCCCGCUCCUACCUGGAGCUCAAGCAGGAGCAGGAGAGGGUGAUGUUCCGGAGGGCACAAUUCCUCAUCAAAACCAAGUCGCAGCUCAGCAUGUCCCAGGACAGUGACAUCUUGUUUGGAAGUGCCUCCUCGGACACCAGAGACAACAAUUGAGCACAGAGAACACCUGCCCUGCCUGCCCUCUGUGGCCCGAAGCCAUUGCCAUCCACUGCAGAUGCCUGGAGAGGGACAGGCUGCUUCCCAGUGCAGUCCUGGUGCAGCACCGACUCCCACGAACCCAGGGAAGGACGCUCUCGAUCUCACACCCCGGGAAGGACACCCGCACAUCAGCAGAGGGGACUGCCCCUCCGCCUCCAGCUGUGAAGGGAAGCUGGGUCACCAGCCCAGCCCCGCCCACCCCAGCCCCUAUGUCUGUUUCUCUCAAUAAGGAGAUGGCUUGUUCUUUUCACCAUGCAAAUAACAUGCCCAGCAAAAACUUGCUUUGUGGGUCUGCCUGGAGAAAAAAAAUACAAACGGCAGCAGCAACAUGUCUGUCUCUAAUGUGGAUCAUGUCCAGGGAAAGGAAACUGAUGAGAGAGAGCAUGCCUCCCAUAGGCUCUUGAAAGAGGGAGCUGUAUUUCCCGGCACAGCCAGCCAUGUGGGACUGGAAGUAAAGGACCCUGAGUUCUCUGGUUGUUCAGGCCUGGUGAGGCGCUACUGGGGUUGGAGAAAAAGAGAGAACAGACACUUUUAGGAAAGUGACCAGUGAAUACUUUCUCGUUUCUCUUUGACUCCCCACCACCUCCAGGCCUUUCUUUCUCCCUUUUCUAUUUCCUCCUUUUUUCCUUCUCUCCCAUCCUCUAUUCAGCUCUUUACCCCUUAGGGCCAGCUUCUCAAACUUUCCCCCAAUGUGCCCCUGACGCCAUUGAGAAGUCAUUACAUUAGAAAGCCUGUCAGCAUUGCUGACUAUAUGUUGUUGAAAUCACUCCUUUUUUUUUUUUUUGAGACAGAGUCUUGUUCUGUUGCCAAGCUGGAGUGCAGUGACACAAUCUCGGCUCACUGCAACCUCCACCUCCUGGGUUCAAGCAAUUCUGCUGCCUCAGCCUCCUGAGUAGCUGGGACUACAGGCACACGCCACCACACCCAGCUAAUUGUUUUGUAUUUUCAGUAGAGAUGGAGUUUCACAAUGUUGGUCACGAUGGUCUCAAUCGACUGACCUCGUGACCUGCCCUCCUCAGCCUCCCAAACUUCAUUUUAUCUUUAAAAAAUUGUGUGGUGUUUUUAUUCUACUCCACAUUAUUUUAAUCUGUGAAAAAUAUGCUUUACAUCAUAUACCUGUAUAUAAAUCUAAAUCUAAAGCAGGGACGGAUGUUUUUGAAAUGGGGCUACAGUUACCUGGGCAGCCUGAGAAGCAGAAUCUGCAGCCCCCAGAGGCAUCCCUGUGCCCCCAAAGACCUGCAGAGCACCCACUGACCUGCAGGGCACCCACCCGACCCGCAGGGCACCCACAGGACCUGCAGAGCACCCACCCAACCCACAGGGCACCCACUGACCCGCAGGGCACUCACAGGACCCGCAGAGCAACCACUGACCCUCAGGGCACCCACAGGACCUACAGAGCACCCACUGACCCACAUGGCACCCACAGGACCUGCAGGGCACCCACCCGACCCACAGGGCACCCACCGACCUGCAGGGCACUCACAGGACCCACAGAGCAACCACUGACCCUCAGGGCACCCACAGGACCUGCAGGGCACCCACCCGACCUGCAGGGCACCUACCUGACCUGCAACACAUCUUCAACUUCAUAUUGCAUAUAUGACCCACAGUAGAGAGAGAGCCCAGGACAGCCCAGCAGAUUCCUCCCCAGGUAACAGGGCAUAGAGACCCUCAGUGCCAGGUGUGGGGAGGGGGCUUCCCACUCAGGUCACGAUCACAAGCUUGUCCUAACCCUUAAAGACACAGCCACAUCAUCCCCAUCCCAGCACCUUCACACAUGCCCACCCCUCUGCCAGGGAUGCCCUUCCCGUGGAAUCCUGCAUGGUGGGCUCCUUCCAAGAGACGCCUUCCCUGACCACUUCUCAAAGAACCCACAUCAGCACCACUCCACCGCUCUGUCACCGAGGCUUACCAGGCUUGGUCUUCUGUAUCCACUCAUCAGCCUCUGAAAUGGAAUGAUUUAUUCCUCUUCUUAGCGACAGGACUCAGCAAUGUGGCUCAUCACUGACUCCCAGCACCUAGCAUAGCGCCUGUACCUAGCAGGUGCUCAAUUUAUUGAAAGACUCUUAGCCAGAUGUGGUGUAAUCCCAGCUACUUGGGAGGCUGAAGCAGGAGAAUCCCUUGAACCCAGGAGUUGGAGGCUGCAGUGAGCCAUGAUUGCACCUGAGAAUAGCCACUAAAUUCCAGCCUCGGUGACAGAGUAAAAUAAAUUAAUUAAUUUUAAAAAUAAUGAAGGGAAAUAGGAAAGAGGGCCAGAAAGCACACAGCAUUUAUUUUUAACAUUGAAUACUGGGUCCUGGAAGCACCUCCCCCCCUCCUCCCCCGCCCCCUCAUUCCUCUUCCUCCUCUCACUCCCUCUCUGUAUUUCUGUCUCUUUCCUCUCUCCCUCUCUCUGUUUCUCCUCUGCUCUGCGUCUCUGGUGGCGAGGCCACCGAGAUCUCAGUACAAUAUACACGUGGUGAUGCAGAGUGGAAAUAUCAACUGAGUCAUGAGGGCCUCGUUAAAGUCUCCCCUGACACCUGCUGCCAAUGACUCACGCCUGCAAAGUAAGUUUUCCGACUAAUUAGCACUACCUUCCCCAGCCCGGUGGGUGUCAGGCAAUCGUGCACUGCCAUCAUCUUUAAUAAUGCUCGAAAUUUACGGAAUGACCUUUUAUUCCCCUCGAAAGGGGCUAUGAGAGGCAGGAGGCCACUGGAAAUGCUAAACACACAGAAAUAUGGCACCAAAAGAAGUAUAAAAUGGAGCCCUUUAAAAUUCAGGGGAGCGGGGAAUAAGGCCAUGUGUGGUGGGGGAGGGAUCCCUGAAUGGAACAGCACUGGGAGGAAAGAGAAACAGAGGCUAGGGUAGUGAAGGGAAGCCGGGGUCCCUGCCUGGUCAAGGUUUCUGGCAUCAUUUUGCAGGUUCUGACCUGUCCUGGUGUCCGACGCGGAGACAGACUUGGGUACCUCUCAAGAGGUGAGAGAGGGACAAAGUCCUCCGACCCCGACCCUCAUGCCUGGAGAGGGGCUUCAGGGCUCUUGGCCCUAAUUCUGAAGCAGGGGGGCUUCUGGACACCUAACAAGCUGAUUCCAGGGCUGCGAGGCUGAGAUCAUGACUUUUCGACCUCUUUUUAGCAGUAGAACCUGUUUUUCCCAUCGAAUCUGAUGCAGAAAACCCAGCUAUAAAUCAGAUGGAGUAAGAGCUGUUCUGAGCAGUGUGGGACACAAUUCCUUAUGGGAAGUCCCUAAUGGGAUUCCCUUUUGACCCUGGUACAGACAGGUAAUUCCAUACACGUAGGGGACUGUCACUCCUCUGGGGGAAACAGCAAAACAGACCUUUCUAAAUAUGUUUUAUUUUGAAGAUCAUAUGAUUUAUCCCCCAUCUCUGAUUAGCUCAUUGCUUCGCUGGGACUCACAGUUGGGGUCGGAAAGGCUGAUUUAACCAUACAGAUUCUCAAGCUGGGCACGGUGGCUCAGGCCUGUAAUCGCAAAACUUUGGGAUACUGAGACAGGCGGAUCAUGAGGUCAAGAGAUCAAGACCAUCCUGGCUAACAUGGUGAAACCCUGUCUCUACUAAAAAUACAAAAAUUACCUGGGCGUGGUGGCACGUGCCUGUAGUCCCAGCUACUCAAGAGGCUGAGGCAGGAGAAUCACUUGAACCCAGGAGACAGAGGUUGCAGUGAGCUGAGAUUACGCCACUGCACUCCAUGCACUCCAGCCUGGUGACAGAACAAGACUCUAUCUCAGGAAAGAAAAAAAAAAAACAGAUUCUCAGGUCCCCCCUCUGAGCCGGGCCGGGGAUAGUGAGGCACUUGCCUUUGGCCCAAAAUUCAAGGGAACGCCCAAGAAAUCAGUAAUUGAGAUCAAUUAUACUUUAAUGUAAUAUUUUUUAAAAAUAGAAUUACUGCCAAAACAUUCACAAUGCAUAACAUUUCAAAACUGCAUGGGAUCUGUCUGCACGCACCUUUGUUCUGGUCUUGUCCUGACGCCCCUGGUCGGGCUUGAUAGGUGUCCAGAAGCCUCCCAGCUUCGGAACUAGGGUAUGUCCUGGCGAGACAGCUCUAACCAGCCAGUCUCCAAAGCAGCGCAGGUGGGAGUCUUUGGCACCGAAUACCACAGCUGCCUCCCAUCCCACUGAUGGGUACCGGUGACACCUUUUCCGGCAGCAGGCACUGGAGACUGGGCCCUUGCUUUUGUGGGGCCCACACAGGGGUGGCAAGAGAGAGACGGUGAACAUGUGGCCAGAAGAAAACCAUUUCUGAUGUUGGUGAACACAAGGCUGACCUGGGAGAGAGUAACCAGGUGGGGCACAGUCACUUCAGAUGGUGUGAUCAGGGAAGGACCUGCUGAGGAGGGGGCAUUUACAUGGAGACCUGGAGGAGAGGAAGAGGCAGCAGUCCAGGCCGAGGAGACAGCCAGUGCACAGGCCCAGAGGUGGAGAAGACCAGGACACUCACCAGCCGUCGAGGGAACACGAGGGCAGAGACACAGCCCCCUGCAGGGAUGUGCCCAGAGAAGUCUCAGGUGCAUUUUCAGAGUCCCCACUGUGAUCCAGGCUCUGUCACAGCAGCAGGGACAAAACUGGACUCAGUCCCUGCCCUGGAGUUGCUGGUAAUUUGGUGGAGGGAGAAAACCGAGUAAAUAAAAUAUUUCCGCACAUGUGGGAUGACAGAGGGAUGAGGCCACAGAAGCCUAGAAAGACACCAGCCAAAGAAAGCAGGAUUUUCGCUCAGAUUACCAUUUGCUAAAAUGGCCUCACAUCUGUUUUCAUGCUGAAAAAAGAAAUCGGAUUCCCACUAAUACUUAUCUCUCGCUCUCUCCUCUCACCAGCUCCCCCUCAGUCCUGUUAGCCUAUAUCCGGAAUCCCAUCACUUUCCUCCUCCCCUUCUCUCCCUCCUGGAUGGUGGCAGGAGCACCUCCUGGUCUCCCUGCUCCCCUACCUCUCCCCUAUGGCAGCAAGAGGACCCUGUUAGAACUCAAGUCCCAUCACACCCCACGUCUGCUCAGUGUCCCACCCCUGUGCCUCCCCAACCCCAAUUCUGACAGUCUAUCUUGCUCACAGUCCAAGCCAGAGUCUCUCUCAGCCCCAGCCCCUGACUGGGUCUCCUUGCCUCCCCUUCCUCUCCUUUCCGGCUAUGCUGACCUCAACAGACCAAGCACUAUCCUGCCUCAGGGCCUUUGUGCCUGCUGUUCCCUCUGCCUGGAAGACCCUUCCCAAAGACAGACCCACGUCACUCACUCUCCUCACUCAGGUCUCUGCUCAAAUGUCACCUGAACAGCGGGACCUUAUCUGGCUUUCUCCCAGCUCUGUAUAAAAGGCCAUACUCCCGCCACGUCCCCAGGGUGUCAAACAGGUCUUCUUUUCUGUAUUCUGCUGCUCUGUCAUCUGGAACCUUGCUGACCCUGCAGGGACUGCCCCUCCCAGGGUUGGUCAACUCCUAGGGACAGUGGAUAACUCGCCUGGAGUGCGCCUUUCCUAUGCAAGCCACGGAACCCGGAACGCACACCCCAGCCACCUCCUUUACGGAGCUCUCAGAGUCCAGGCCACUGUCCAUCUGCCCGAAGCACUCCAGGGCCCGGUACCAAACAGCCAAAGGCAGGCCUCAUGCCUGGAACCUGCUGAAAUUAGUCCAAUCAGCCAACCCUGCACCUGCUCACCCUGUCUGGUGCCCAUUCCUCUCCUUCCUCUCCACAGAAACCACUGUAAACACUCUGGCUCUCACUCCCCCAACUUCCUCACUGGCCUGGGUAUGUCCCUGUGUGUCUCAGCUCCAUAGCUUGACAUGCCACCCUCCUCUUGGGAACUGUGAGUAGCAAACUAUCUUUUCAAUGGCAGUCAUCACCAGAUAUGUUAGCCUCACCAAACCUGAAUAAAAUCAAACCAAGAUUUUAAAACCCCCAGCCCCUUGCCCUACUUUAUCAUAAUUUUCUAAAAUCUGUAUUAUCAACGGACACAUUAAAUUCAUAUUUGCAGCCAGGCACGGUGGCUCUGCCUGUAAUCUCAGCACUUCGGGAGACCGAGGCGGGCAGAUCACUUGAGGCCAGGAGUUCAAGACCAGCCAGGCCAAAAUGGUGAAGGCCCAUCUCUACUAAAAAUAUAAAAAUUAGCCGGGCAUGGUGGGGCACACCUGUAGUCCCACCUACUUGGGAGGCUGAGGCAGGAGACUCACAUGAACCUGGGAGGCAGAGGUUGUAGGGAGCAGAGAUUGCGCCACUACGCUUCAGCCCGCGACAGAGCGAGACUCCAUGCCAAAAAGUAAAUAAGUAAAAUAAAUAAAUAAUACCUAUUUAUUGUUGGUUUUCUCUCCUCAGUUGAUGGUCAGUUCCAUGGUCAACACAUAGUAGAUGCUGAAUAAAUAUCUGCAGGAUAAGUGAAUCUGUGAAUCCUUUACUUCUGUCGAGAGCACUCCAAAAGCAUCAGCCAUAUUUGUUCAUAUAUACAGUGGCAUGAAUUUUACUAAGAUCCAUGCCAGGCUGGGCACGGUGGCUCACGCCUGUAAUCCUAGCACUUUAGGAGGCCGAGACGGGUGGAUCACGAGGUCAAGAGAUCGAGACCUCCUGGUCAACAUGGUGAAACCCCAUCUCUACUAAAAAUACAAAAUUAGCUGGGCAUGGUGGUGCGUACCUGUAGUCCCAGCUACUCGGGAGGCUGAGGCAGGAGAAUUGCUUGAACCCAGGAGGCGGAGGUUGCAGUAGGCCAAGAUUGCGCUACUGCACUCCAGCCUGGGUAACAAGAGCGAAACUCCAUCUCAAAAAAGAAAAAAAAAGAUCCAUGCCUAUUAACAGAUGCCGCAAUUACAACAGGCAAACAACUCCUCCCCCAACAGAUCACCUAAUGAUUUCUGCCAGGAAACAGCCUCCACGUGUGAGGUUAGUCCUCCAUCCACAUCCUUGUAUUUUGAAUCGAACGUAUGAAAAGAUACAGCGGGACUUGUGUUUGCAACCAUAAAAUACAGCCUGAAAGAUUUUUUAUUCCUUUACAGAAAGAAGUGUGCCAUCACCCCAAAUGACCUGUAAAAAUCCAAGCUCGAUUUGUUGAAAUAAAUGUAAAACCACCAGGACUAUC